ACCACCGCCACCACCCGCAUAUGAGAAAAUUGACAGAGAGAGAAUUAUUCUACAUCGAAACUCACACACACACCCACCGACCCAUAAAUAUCUGGUGUCAGCCAGCCAGCUAGCCAGUCGAUUCAGGGUAUAGAAAGCAGAAUACGAAGGAAAAAAGGCAACACCAUGGUCCACGCCGACGCGGCCAAAUUUGCGCCCGACGUAACCAAGGAGCAGGCCUAUGAGCAGGUGCUCGACCAGGCCGAAGGUCUGUUUUUCGAGCAGCGGAACUGGGUCUGCAACCUCGCCAACACGGCGUCGCUGCUAUGGCACGCCUACAAGUCGCUCCCGGCUCCCAGCAACCAGGUUAACUGGGCAGGCUUCUACACGCUCGACCCGCAGUCGCGGCCCGGAAAGCCGCAGCUGAUCCUCGGGCCCUUCAGCGGCAAGGUGGCGUGCCAGACGAUCCCGUUUGGGCGGGGCGUGUGCGGGACGGCGGCGGCGACGGCGACGACGCAGGUGGUGGGCGACGUGGACGCGUUCCCGGGCCACAUCGCCUGCGACGGCGACAGCCGGAGCGAGAUCGUCGUGCCCAUCGUCGUAGUGCCAUCCGCGGGAUCCGGAGGGGGCGAGGGCAGGGUCGUGGCUAUCAUAGACGUCGACUGCACUGCGCCCGACGGCUUCGACGACGUCGACAGGCUCUGGCUCGAGAAGCUGGCCCGGCUCGUCGCCGAGAGCUGCGACUGGCCUUGACAUCCUGACAAAACAGCCUCUGUACAUAGCAACUCAAGUCUAGACGUUUCACAAAACACCACCACAGUCAUGUUGAGCAGGCAGCCUCGCAUUGUUUCUGAAUGCUCCCACUCAGGGCACGGCUCCAGUAUUACAUUUUAGCAUAGAGCCCUGAUGACAACGAACUAAGAAAAUAACCAUGACCCGUCCACUAUCGACCUGAAAAUGAACUGGUGUCAUGCCAAGUUAAACGCGUAAUAAUUAUGUAACAACUCAUCCUCGCGGGUAUGACCUUGAAUUUCCGUUUAAAUGCUCAAUUACCACUGUCCCGUAUCCAGCACAUCACGUCCGAGACGGC